AUGAUCACGUUUUUUUCCCCCCUCUCUGUUUUUAUUCCCCUUCCUCUUGCAGGACCGCCCGGCGCAAGCGCUCUCCGGCUCCGCCCCGGCCUCGCUCCGCCCCCACCUCACCCCGCCCCCUCGACACCGCGGAGGAGUAUGGGUAGAAAGCGGGGCUUCGCGGAAGCGCCGGUGGAUUCCAAGAUGGCGGCGGGGUGCUGUGGAGUGAAGAAGCAGAAGCUAUCGAGCUGUUCGUCUUCUUCCACCUCGUCUAACAACUCUAACGAGAACCACUGCAAGGACGUGACCCGCGCCAACGGUUUCAGUGGCUGCCCUGGCGGCAGGAACAUGGUGGUCAACUCGGAGAUGUGCUGCUUCUGUUUCGACGUCCUGUACUGCCAUCUGUACGGAUAUCAGCCGCCCCGGAGCCCACGAUUCACCAACGACCCGUACCCAUUAUUUGUGACGUGGAAGAUUGGCCGCGAUAAACGGUUGCGAGGGUGCAUAGGUACAUUUUCUGCCAUGAACCUACAUUCAGGACUCAGGGAGUACACUCUUACCAGGUGAGUUGUGUUGAGGCUUUGUUUUCUUCUAUUUCAGCACAUGUAUAAUGUGACUUGUUUGACAAUAAUUCUUAAGUUCACACAUUGGUAUGUUUGUUUAAAAUAUGAUCAUUAAAUGGAU